UAGCUAUGUCGUGGCUGUGCUUCAGCCUUCAACCCGGUAAGUGAACAGCAACAUUAACGUGAUUUUACGAGGCUAAUAAUAAGCAUAAAUAACAGAAAAACUAAUUUAAUUUAGCGUUUUUAAUUCCACCAAGCAUUAAUUUAUGGCUGUUUUAUUCAUGCAAAGCUACGUCGUUAUUGGGACCGGAUUUGAUGGAUCAACGUGACUCUGAGUUUGUCUCUAUUCUUAGACAAGCUGCAUACAUUGCUUUAAUUAAUCAACUUAUUUAACAUAACAUACAUUAAUGCACAGAUGAGAUGUGUUAUAAAUGCCUCAUAUGCAAAGUAAGUAUACUCAGUCUAUUAAAUGAAGUUGAGUCACUCCGCCGUCAUAUUUGCUGUGCACGCUGCUGCUGCUUCUGUUAGCUCCUCUCCUCAGAUGCGUCCAGCGCCCAAUUCUCAGUCUUCUCGUUUAUUGGUCAAUCCGUUAUUACAAAACCGAUAUCCGAUAAUGGGAAAAUGCUUAAAUAUCAGGGAAAAUAUCGGAAAACAGAUAUAUCAGUCGAUCUCUAAUGCGUCUAUCCGUACCAGGCAAAAUCUUAAACCAGAUAUUUGCAAUGCCUUAAGGCAGCAGUGGACUGGACACAGAGCUUAGAAACAACCAAGCUGGAUUCAGGCAAAAUAGAUCAUGUGCCAACCAAAUAGCAACCCUGCGAAUCAUUCUUGAGCGGUCACAAGAGUUUAAGUCACCACUUCAUACAGUAUUUCAGGACUUCGAGAAAGCAUUUGAUAGUCUGGAUAGGUAAGUGCUGUGGUAACUGAUGAGACACUAUGCCAUACCAGAAAAGUUAAUCACCAUCAUCAAGAACACCUAUUCUGGAAUGCAAUGUAGAAUCAUACAUGAAGGCCAGCUGACAGAGACUUUCCACAUCAGAAGAGCAGUUGGGAAGAGCAAAGCAGCUUGCAAUAAAUGUGGAAAGAAAGAAACGAAAAUGGGGAUGGAUUUUGGAAACCGAAAAAUUCCAUCACACGCCAAGCCUUGUGGUGAAAUCCACAGGGCAAACGUGGUAGAGGGAGACCAAGAAACACCUGGAGGAGGAGUGUCACAGUCAAGAUAGAAAGAGCUGGCUACAGAUGGCAUGAUCUUGAGAAGCUGGCACAGAAAAGGAUGAGGUGGAGAAAUAUUGUCAGUGGUCUAUGCUCCUCCUUGAAGUAACAGGCCUAAGAAGGUGACACUUGUUAUGGUUGGACUGGACAAUGUCGGAAAAACAGCUACGGCCAGAGUUAUCCAGGGAGAAAGCCCUUUAGAUGUAGCACCUACAGUGGGCUUCUCAAAGGUGGAUCUGAAGCAAGGAAAGUUUGAGGUCACGAUAUUUGACCUAGGUGGUGGGAAGCGAAUUCGUGGGAUUUGGAAAAACUACUACUCAGAGUCUUAUGGAGUGGUGUUUGUUGUGGACUCCAGCGAUGUUCAGAGGAUCCAAGAGACCAGAGACACAAUAGCAGAGGUCCUUCGUCACCCUCGUAUAGCUGGAAAACCUGUACUAGUACUGGCUAAUAAACAGGACCACGAUGGGGCAAUGGCUGAGGCAGAUAUCAUCGAGAGCCUAUCAUUGGAGAAGCUUGUCAACGAGAAUAAAUGCCUUUGUCAGAUUGAGCCAUGUUCCGCAGUGCUGGGUUACGGUAAGAAGGUGGACAAAUCCAUCAAAAAUGGCCUUGACUGGCUACUGAACAACGUUGCCAAGGACUAUGAGGCAAUUUCAGAGCGUGUGCAAAAAGAUACAGCAGAUCAGAAGGCUCAGGAAGAACAGGACAAGAAGGAAAGAGCAGAGAGAGUUCGAAAGAUCAGAGAGGAGAGAGACAGGCAGGAACGAGAGGAGGCGGAGCAAGAGGCAAUUGUGUUGAAAGACGAGGUGCUUGAUGAUAUUAACAUAACCAACCCAUUCCAGCCAAUAAACAAUGUUGUCACACAGGAAGACAGCAGACUGAAAAAGAAAAAAGAGACGCAGAGACAGAAAGACGAGAGCCACCAGGGCAACCCUCAAGAUCAGACAGUUCUUCAAGAUGAAGCGGAAGAGCAGGAAGAGGAAGAGAGUGAGAGGCAGACCCCAGAGAGCACUGAAUCAGGAGCAGUGGACCAGACCAAAAAGAAAACUAAGAAAUUACGACUGAAACGCAAGCACAGGGUUGACCCAUUUAGAGUGGAGGAUGCAGCACCUAUAAGCCCUACCCCUCCUCCCCUACCAGUUGGAUGGGCAACCCCUAAAGUUUCUAGGCUCCCCAAACUUGGGCCUCUUGGAGAUGCAAGGCAUUCUGCAACCCUACACCACAUCUGUCAUCAGUCAACACGGUCUAAAAAGCCUAAGGGCGCACUCACACUAUCCAAACCGUGCCCGGGCACAGUUUGGUUAAUCGCGCCCUGGCCGGCUUGUAGAGGUGAGCUUGAGCGCACCGGAUGCACGCAGCAGGGUUACGUGAAUGUCUGAGCUGCACACGCGACAGAUCAACUAAAGCUGGGUACACGCCAAAAAAUAUUCAGGCUGAAUUUGGGACGAUUUUCCUUGUUAAAUGUUAAAUAUUUACGAGCAAAAAUCCUGUUGUGUGGUGGAAGCCUGAGGACAUACGCACACACACACACGCUGUAGAUUGUCAUGUGAAAUGAAAUGAUCAGAAAGCAAGCAGAUGAAAGAUAAAACCAUAACAACUUCAUGGUGCAGCGUGCACAGUCCAAAAAAAAGGAGUCCAUUGUAUUAAUGACUGUAACAUGAACAUUAGCGGUCUUACUGUCCUCAACUUACGUUUGGAAGCGUGCUUCUAGUUCUGCAAUCUUCUCUGUCAGCCUUACUACUUCGUUACACUAAGCGCAUGUAAGGCCCCUGUUUAAGCUAAACUCCACUUUUUUUUGAAAAUAUGCUCAUUUUCCAGCUCUACCAGAGUUAAACAUUUGAUUCUUACCAUUUUGGAAUCCAUUCAGCUGAUUUCCGGGUUUGGCGUUACCACUUUUAGCAUAGCUUAGCACAAUCCAUUGAAUCUGUUUAGACCAUUAGCAUCAUGCCUAAAAAAUAAUCAAAUCAGUUUCGAUAUUUUUCCUAUUUAAAACUUGACUCUUUUGUAGUUACAUCGUGUACUAAAACCGACGGAAAAUUAAAAGUUGUGAUUUUCUAGGCAAAUAUGGCUAGGAACUAAACUCUCAUUCUGGGGUAAUAAUCAAGGACUUUGCUGCCAGAACAUGGCUGCAGGAGGCACAAAUAUAUUACGUAGAAAAAACACCUUAAUUUAAGAAUUUUUAGAUAUUUCUAUUGAAAACAAGACAAAAAAACAAGACAUGGGCCCUUUGAUGACCACGCUCCCGGACCUAUAUUAUAGUUUGUUAUAUUGUAUUUUAAAGGGCCCAUGUCACAGGACUUUUUUAAGAUGUCAAAUACAUCUUUGGUGUCCCCAGAGCACAUGUGUGAAGUUUUAGCUCAAAAUACCAUAUAAAUAAUUUAUUAUAGCAUGUUAAAAUUGCCACUUUGUAGGUGUGUGCAAAAAUGUGCCGUUUUGGGUGUGUCCUCUAAAAUGCACAUGUGCAGAUCAAGUGCAAACACUGAUCACAAUGAUGGUGGUUUGUUGAAAUUGAAACUCAAUUGUUCUGUGAAUUAUUUUCUCUCUGCACUAAAUGGCAGUGCUGCGGUUGGAUUAAGGGGUUGGAUUAUUAUAAUAAGAGCUCCUUAUGACAUCAUAAGGAGAGCCAAAUUUCAACAACCUAUUUUUUCAUGUGCUUGUAGAGAAUGGUUUACCAAAACUAAGUUACUGGGUUGAUCUUUUUCAAAUUUUCUAGGUUGAUAGCAUCACUAGGGACCCAAUCAUAGCACUUAAACAUGGAAAAAGUCAGAUUUUCAUGUCAUGGCCCCUUUAACACAACUGAAUACUAUUUUUACAUAUUAUCUGUUCUGUUGUCAGACGUAAAGAAAGAGCAUAAAAUAGUGACUAAACACGACCCAAUAACAUCUCGUGUUUAAUCCAACCAGCUGUUACCUUUAACCUGAUAAGGAACACUGUGCCGUACACGGCACACCCCCUCCCUUGCACGUGAGGCUGCAUUACGUCAUUGUAACUUUGAAGCAUUAAAUCUUCAAAAUAUACGGUCAUGCGGCACAUCGUUGUAAAGCUUAGACUUUCGGGAUUCCAUUAAGCGCACACAGAAAGCAUAAUAUGAUUUUUAGCAGUCAUAAAACUGUAAUCUAGUUGUUAGUUACCUGAACCGGGCGGCGCCGAUUUAGGAUAUUUACUUGCCUUCAAAAUCUUUCCUUUAUCCGCUUCGGUGAAAUUGUCCAAAACAAAUUGUUCAUAAAUCCCCAAAAGUCCAAGGAAAUGGAAUAUCCAAGCCUUUUAAUCCAAAACGAUUUGUUCAUCUCACAAUCUUGACGUUUCUGACCGAAUUUCGAUAUAAAUAGUGUAUACAAUAAGUUCACUAACAGACAUUCAUUCGAAUCUUACUUUUCAUUCAUGAUUUAUAAUGAAUAUAUUCGGAUGUCAUGUUUAUUGUGCAACGUCUGAGGAACAAAUGCGCCCCCUUGUGGAAUUUCAGCCGCUCCAUAAGAGGCUACCUACUGAAAAAAUCGUGAUUUAUAAGUGCAACAUCGUCUGACAAAAUCACCAUACAUUUACACUAAAGAGAUGAUAUACAAAGUGAUUUUAGCUACAUUACCUUUGUGCCUUAUUGUUGCUCUUCUCAUCUUGUUGUGUUAUUAGCGCGAAUUGUAACUGCAAGGGGCAGUUUUAUUUUAGAUUACGUAUUGCGCAGAAAAUUCGGCGCAAAUUCAUAAAUAUGAGAGAAAACACUCAGUGGCGUAGCCAGAAAUGUUGUGGGUGUAUAAAACAGGGUGGGCAAAGCAUACAACAUAUUUGACCUGUGUUGUCCAGAUGUGUCUGAAUGCGCACAUUCUAGUUUUGAGAUGCAAGCAAAAGACAAAGGCUAUACAUUUUGAUCGGAAUUUAGGUUUUUAAAUAAAAAUAAGUAGCUACAUUAAGUCCUCGUCCACCAUUCCGAAUGCUCUAAAUCAGUGGUUCUCAACUCUAGUCCUUAGGUCCCCCCUCCCAGAAUGUUUUAGAUGUCUCCAUAUAUGAAACACCUGGUUCCACACUCUAAAAAAACAAACGGUGCUAUAUAGCACCAAAACAAUUGCUUUGGAUCGUAACGAUAGAAGAACCAUUUUAGUGCCAUAUAGCACCGGUGAAGAACCAGUGAAGCACCAG